AUGCCUCAGGAUCUGCCACCCGUCGGUGGCUACGAAGCCAUCCAAUACAAACGCAAUCUGCCUGCACGAGGUCCUCAACCUGUGGUAUGGAUGAUGGGUGUCUUUGCAGUCAUGGGUUAUGGAUGGUACAAGCUUGCCUAUGGUCAGCGUGAGAAGCUUGAAUUAGCACGGGAGAAGAUGUGGAGUAGAAUACACCUUACACCUCUACUGCAGGCGGAAGAGGAUCGAGAUCAGGUACGAAGGUGGUAUGCGGAUCAGGCACGAGAGAAGGAACUACUGGGAACACAAUCGAGUCCAAUCAUUGCCGACAGAUUCGUACGGCCGACAAUAUCAUACUCCCCUGGUCUGACGAAGGACUAA